CCCGCGGGGCGCUGCUGCACGCGGGCCCCCGUGACUCCAUCAUGUCCACGGACAUCACGCUGCAGACGGUGCUGAACCACAUCGCCUACAUCAACCACCCGGCCACCGUCAAGAUGUCGCCCAAGUACCAGGUGCGGCGGAUCCUGAAGGUGACGUACGCCACGGCGUUGCUGGGUGCCCUGCUGUCUGCCUCGUAUCUGGCCGUGCUGUAUGGUGGUCUUCGGCCGCGUUCGCUGGCCUGGCUCCUGCUGCAGACAACGGCACGUACCGCCGAGUUUCUCAUGGGCUGCUGCAUCGCCAACAUCACCAAGCAGCCGGUGCAGCGGACUGGCAACAAGCUGCGGCAGUACCACUGAGGCGCCCUGACUGGGGC